AUGAUGCCAGGCCCCUGCCUUGUGAUCCCUCACCACAUUUCCCCUUUCCUUCUCUCCGCCCCCACUCUUCCCGCUUCCAAACUCCUCUCCAGCUUCCUCCCCGCACCACCCCGCCGCCAGGUUUUGCCGGCUUCUCAAGGCUUGAGACGAGAGGUGGUGACUGAGGAUAACGGCACUGUUUUUGGCGGCUUCUCAUCUCAAGCGCUUGUAGCUUCCAAUCGCAGAAAAUACCAGGGAUCCAGUGACGUCUUUGUGUUCACCACCAUUACAGGGGACCCCACCGUCUACAAGGUUACAGGGGCAAACCGUUACUUCAUCCUGUGUCUAAAUGAAGCUCUCUCCUUUGGAGGUGGAGGCCACUUCGCACUUUGCCUGCAGGAGGACCUUCUGACAGGUUCCAGCGGUGCGUGUGAGACAUUCUGCAGUCCCUGUCUCUCCAAGUCUGAGGACUUCAAGAUAAAGCAUGUGGAGCUAUGGGGAUUCGCUCACCAGUCUCGAUAUGCACCAACAAAGGCUAACUGGCAUGAACCAUCGCAACCACAUGGUUUUCAUGCCAACUGGUAA